GCAGUAGCCAAGUUUUUCAUGAUUUUAUUGUUGUACAUCGUGAUUUGCCCUUCGCCAAUCACCGUAUAAAACUGCGCACCAGCCCACAUCAGUCAUCAGUUUCCAAGUGUACCGUAACUCUUCACAUCAUCUUCCUAAAGCAACCAACUAACUACUUUGGAUCUUUAGUGCAUAAUGGCUGCCAGAAUUGUACUCGCUUUCGGCGUGCUCUGUCUCGCCACCCUCAUAAUUGCUGAUGUCAGCGAGCUAGGAGGUGGCGGUGGAGGGGGUAACGGUCGCGGAUACCUGCCACCUUCACCGGGAGGCGGUCAGGGAGGAGCUCAAGGAGGAGGUCAGGGAGGAGCUCCUGGAGGUGGACAGGGAGGUGGUCAAGGAGGUCCUCAGGGAGGUCAAGGAGGUCCUCAAGGAGGCGGUCAGGGAGGUCCUCAAGGAGGCGGUCAGGGAGGUCCUCAAGGAGGCGGUCAGGAGGUCCUCAAGGAGGCGGUCAGGGAGGUCCUCAAGGAGGCGGUCAGGGAGGAUCUCAAGGUGGUGCCCCAGGUGGUGGCUACGGAGGUGGAUCCGGAGGCUCCCAGGGAGGAUCCGAAGGUCAGGGAGGUGCUGGAGGAUAUGGAGGCGGCGCCAAUGGUGGAGGUUCAUCGGGUGCUAAUGGAGGCGGAGCAUCAGGUGGCGCCAAUGGAAAGGGAGGAAAUGGAGCUCAGAAUGGCGGGGCUGGUGGAGCUAAUGGUGGAGGAGCCAAUGGCGGUGCUAGUGGUGGAGCUGGAGGUGCCAAUGGCGGAGGAUCAGGAGGAGCUAACGGUGGAGCAUCAGGAGGCUCUAGCGGAGGUCAGAGUAGCCGACAGUAUCUGCCACCAAGUGGACGUCGUUAGGAAACUUCAGAAACCCUCAACAUCCAAAAAUUCUUGGAACCACACCAUGACAGCUUGAACAAACGUUUGAACACCAUCAAAACUACGGUACUCAAGUUUGAAGUGGUAGAUAACUGACUCAAUCAAAUAUCUAAAUUUUCCUGAGUUCUCUUGCGUCCUUCAUGAAGGAUCAAAAGAUUCUAAAUUCUGUUAUGACGAAGUGUUUCGUUGAAUAAAGUAAAUAUCAAAUUGAGCAGCUUA